CUUUCGCUAGCUGGAUAGUGCACCGGUGUAUGUUGUGACUGUACUGUCCUAGAAAUUACAAUUUAGCUCCAUUAUUUACAGAUUUUUCACACGUUUCCAUGGCUGGACGAAAGUCGUCUCUUCAGUGCAGUUGAUGUCAAAUAAACAGCCUGCUCAUGAAGGUGUCUUACUCCUGAGGGUUUGAUGCUGUCUGUUUCUGCCCCACUCUUUGCCAAGAGUCAGUAUGGAUGAGAAAACCCUUGAGGCUGCGAUCUCUACCUAUGGUGCCCAGUUGCAGCAAGUGGAGACAGCCCUUUCAGCUGGCCUGGACCCCUCCCAGGAGUCAGACCUUCUGCAGCUGAAAGAGGACCUUUGUCAGCUGAUAGAGCUCACAGAGUCCAGCCUUGUGUCCGUCAAAAAGAGUCAGCUUCUGGCCAGCCUUGAGGACAGCUCUGGACUGCUGUCAAACACAGCAGCUGACACAAACAGUGCCAAUGGAGCUCAGGGUGAUGAGUUUGCUGCUUUCUACGCUGAACUUGGAGAAUCCUCAGGUAGUAGCUCUGAUACUAGAGAGAGGGAAAAGGUAGAGGAUGGAGUGGAAGAGGAGGAGGAGGAGGACGAAGAAGAGGAGGAAGAAGAAGAAGAUGCACUCAGUGGUACCAAAGUAAGAGCCCCAUACCGGACUAAUUGGGGGACACUGGAGUAUCACAAUGCCAUGGUGGUGGGGGCAGAACCACCAGACGGGGAAGAGGCACAAGUGAGAGUGCUCUACCUUCAUCCCACCCAGAGGUCAAUGAAACCCUGUCCAUUCGACCUGGAGGACAGGUGUAGCUUCAAGGAAGACUGUAGGUUUUCUCACGGGGAAGUGGUGUAUGUGUCCGAGCUCAGAGAGUUCCUUGAGACUGACCUCAGCAAUCUUGAAAAGGGCUCGUCCUGCUUGGCUCGACAUGAGGACGGCAUCUGGUACCCGGCCAAAAUCAAAGAAAUUGACAGUGGUUUCUACACUGUGAAGUUUGACAGCCAGCUACUGAAAGAAGUUGUGGUAGAGGCCGACUGCAUCAUCCCCCCUCUGAGAGAAGACGACCCGGUCUCCUCUGAGUCUGACCUUGAGGACACGGGAGAUGGAGAUGAUCUGGCAUAUGCAAAAGUUAUGGACUCUGCUUUGGACCCCUCAGAAUCAUUAAACAGUGCAAAUUUUGGCGGCUGGGAGGCCCAUACCAGAGGCAUCGGCUCCAAGCUAAUGCUCAAAAUGGGUUAUGAAUAUGGGAAAGGCUUAGGAAAGAAGCAGGAAGGUCGGGUAGAGCCGGUCAUGGCAGUGGUCCUACCCAAAGGUAAGUCUCUGGACAGUUGUGCUGAGCUCACUCAGAGGCGGACCCAAAGCAAGAUCAGCAAAGACGGCACACAAAGCGGCCGCCCGAAGAGACGCAGAAAACCUCGGGCCCCCAAAGAAGGGAGGAAGAAUGUCUUUGACUUUUUGAAUAAUCAGUUAGGAGGAAAGAGCGCUGGAGCUGCUGAGGGGGGAGCAGCAGCAUCAGCGUCUGGCGUGGAGGCCUACAGGGGAGGGAAAAGCACCAAGAGGAGUCUGAAUGUGAAGGUGUUUCAGGCUGCUGAGCGGGUUUCCCAGACCGAGAGAGAGAUCCAGAAACUGACUAAGUCACUCAGCAGACAAGCAGGAAGGGACACAUCCGUAGUGAAGCAUCUGGAAGAGAGGCUGUCAGCGGCUCGCAGGCUGCUGGCCCAGCAGAAAGCCCAGGAGCUGUCCAUCCAGAGCGAGCACAGGAAGGCUGACACACACAAGAAGAUGACUGAGUUCUGAGUUCUGUUGGAGGAUGAAGGGAAGCUCUGCUCGUCUGAAAUGAACUUUGUGUCCCUUGCCUGUUGUCAGUUAUUUGCUACACAGUUUUUUUUUUUAAAGACCAUUUUUAGCAUUAUUUCUCAUCAUUUGUAGAUAUGAGCGGACGGCGGUGCCCACUACUCCAAAUAUUGAUCCAUUUUAUUUCUUGUUUUAUUUUUAAUGACUGAGUUUUAUUUUGUGUUUAAAUUGUACUGUUACAAAGUAAAUUUUCUUCGAACCAACAUUUUGUGU